AUUUGAUAUUCUUUCGUUGAGAAAGUACGAUUAUCUCCACUGUUUAAAAUAGACAUACUUAUGCUUUUAAGAAGGAAAUGGCAUUUCUCUCUGAGAGGAAAUUGUUUCGGUUAAUUAAAGCACAUCUGCAAAUUUUACAUGUGGCGAAUGGAUUAUUUUAAUAAGGCUCCGUUGCGGAGCUUGGGUAGCAACAUUCUCCAUGCAUGCAGAUAAUCCUGGAGACUUUGCAAGGAUUAUUAGUCAAUGGUUAUUAUAAAAGCGAGUUCACGGCAUGGACCAUGUUACUUAGCACAAUGUCCCGACAGAAAGCACUUCUACUUUCCACUUGCCUAGCAUUCGUUGCCAGUUUAACUUUGGCACUUCCACCUGGAGCACCAUGGACAAACUUUGCGUCUAAACCAGUUUAUUCGCGAGCUCUCGGACCUCCAGGAGGAAUAGACACGAUAUCUAUACCUUAUAUGCCAAAAUCUUCAUUCAUGCCAAAGUUCGUCGAUCCAAAGGCGUUUAUUUCUAAGAAGACAGAUAUGCUGAGUAACUUAUUCGGCGGUAUAGGACCAGUUGCAUAUAACGUAGCAGAUACUAAACCGAUCAUUCCAUAUGGCGUAAGUGGACCGACUUCAGAUAAUAUUGAUAGUGCAAAUGCAUUAUUUAAUAAACGAGACAUGCUACAAGAUGGUAAAGAAAAAAUUAUUGAUAGUAGCAAUAUGUAUAAACGCGGUAUGUUUGGUCCGUUUGCUCCAAAGUUCGGCCCAAUGGGUCCGAUAAAUCCAACGGGUCCAAAAUUCGGUCCCUUUACACCAUUUUCAUCAGAAACAAUACCAGAUUUUAUGGAUAAAGCAUCUUUCUCCCGAAGAAAAAGAAGCAUAGAAGUACCUUCUUCCGCAGAAAACGUUAAUACCAUUCCAGGCUCAUUAUCUUAUCCGAAGGUAGUAGAAGGUAUAUCGGCAACAAAACCAGCCGCUGGUGUGUCAAAGGAAUAUUUGCCGGGAAUGUUCGGACCUUUUGGACCAGGUGGAUCUUUUACACCAAGUAGUUCUUUUGGUCCAGUGGUGGAUCCAAGUGCAAUCAUUUCGAAGAAAUCAGAAUUUCUGGACACGCUCUUCAAAAAUCUUGCCACUAGCACUCCAGCAUCAACAACCGAAGUACCUACACCAAAAAGCACUAUUGUACCUUCUAGUUUCUGGAUACCGUCCUCUGUAAUUCCCGGCCCAACCGAGUAUACCCAGAAGGUGUCUGACUUCCUGGACAAACUAUUUGAUAGUAUAAAUGUAACCGCACUAGAAGCAAGUGAUGAUUCAGACACAAAAAGCGAUUUUCUGAGAUCUCUGAAACCCGACGACAGUUCAUCGGAUAAAAUCGCAAGAUCUUUAGAUGAUGCAUCAUCUAUUGCAGCUGCUAAAGAUACAAUUAUCGAUACGAUAUUGUCAGAGCUUGGCAAUUUAAAAGGCGAUAUGAUAGCGACUUUAAAUGAUCUGAUCACAUAUGAAAAAAGUGCGACAGCCGCUGCCGCUAAGGCAAAAAAACCUUUUAAGCCUUUUUCUGGUGCAUUUCCUUUUGCGAAGCCAACAAUCGAUCCAACGCUUCCGUUCCAGCAGAGAAUGACUGCACUUAGCCAAGUAUUUGAUAUGCUAACGGAGCUGCAAAGAAACAUCAGUGUGGUUGCAAAAAACGCGAUAGCAACUAAUGCUAGCACACCAGAUAAUCCGGAAUUGUCGAAGGUUCCAUUAGCUAAUGCAGUUGAAGCUUCACCGAUUAACAACACUCUCUUAAACGCCAUUCUGAAGAAAAUAUCCACUGUGGACAGUGCAACUCCGACUUCCUAUUCGGCUUCUUAUCCAGUUUAUUCAGCAGAUCCCAUCAAAGAAAAUUCUAUAAUGAGCAGAGCUUUGUCCAAAGAACCAACAUCUUUCUGGGUGUCUUAUCCUGAGAGUUCGGCGCCUGCUGUAAAACGGCAAAUAGACGAUGACUCACUACCGUACUUCGGAUAUGAAAACGAUAAUGAUCGGCAUGAUCAUAGCCAAUAUAGGCGAGGUGUACAAAUGCAGAUGCAUCAGGGCUAUCAAAGUCUACCUGCAGGUUCGGUGGAGUCUGUACAAGCGGGGGGAGGUUCUACACCUGGACAUCAAGGAGGAGGAAUCAAAUUGCUGAUUCAAAUGCCUAAAUUGCCUAACUCUCAAGCUCCAGGCUUUCAAAGUAUUAAUUACAGUUAAGUACGUGUAAAAUGUUUCUGAAUUAUGAAUAUCGCGGGCAUCUGUUCAUCUGUCGCAGGGGCCUAACGCUUACGGAAACUCAAACAAAUGGGCUGAUUGGAUGCAGUAUCACAAGAA